AUGUCUGGCCAAGAGAGGGAGAAGAGGCCAAUGUUGCCUGAUGAUACUCCUCCUCCUAAGAGGCGAAGGAGUUUGAGUAUUGUGAUACGGGAAAGAGAUGAUCUCGCUCGCCAUCCCGAGAUCGAUCCUAAUGAGGAUGUGCUCAGCGAUUGCGAGGAGUCCUCGAGGGCUCCGUGGUACAAGGGCCGUAUCCUCAGAGAUACGCCCAUGCAUAUUUGUAGUAAUGCGUGGAAGCCGCCCAAGCUUCAACGUGGUACUAGAGCUGCUACUUCAACUGGUAUUACAAUGAGAAAGAGGAAAAGAACUUCUAUAGUUUGGAAAGAGUUUAUUCAAAUUCCUAAAGAAAAGAAUCCUGAUGGGAGACAGAGGGCAAAAUGUAAGGCUUGUGGGAAUAUAUAUUUGGCUGACUCAGAUAUCAAUGGCACUGGCAGUUGGAGGAGACACCUUAAGAAUUGCACCAAACGUAAAAACAAAGAUAUUGCCCAAAUGAUAUUAAAUGGAGGUGAUGGGAAUCUGACAUGUAAAAGCAAGAAGAUUGAUGCAGAAAUGGUGCGAGAUAUGAUUACCAUGCUUAUUGUUAGAAGAGAACUACCCUUGGUGUUUGUUGAAUAUCAAGAGUUUAGGGAUUUGAUUACCUAUCUUUACCCACAAUUCAGCCCGAUUAGUAGGAAUACCCAAUUGGCUGAUAUCUUGAGGUGGCACAAUAGGGAGAGUAAGAGGAUUAAGGAAUUUUUGAAUUCCUUCAAUGGUAGGAUGUCAUUGACUACUGAUUUGUGGUCCUCCAUCACGACUGACUCUUAUAUUUCUCUCACUUGUCAUUACAUUGACACAGAAUGGAUAUUGCAUAAGAAAUUACUAAAAUUUUGCAUCAUGCCACCACCACACACAGGAGUUAACAUAAGUCAAAUUGCAUCAGAGAUGUUAUUAUAUUGGGGGAUUGAGAAGAAACUGUUUUCUAUUACUCUAGAUAAUGCUUCUGCAAAUCUCUCUUUUAUUGAUCACUUGAAAAGAAAUUUGGUAUUGAAGAAGGCUUUAAUGUGUGAUGGUGAUUUUUUUCAUAACCGAUGUUGUGCCCAUAUAUUAAACCUAAUUGUACAAGAUGGUUUGAAGGUAAUUGAUAAUUGUGUACAAUUGGUUCGAUCCAGCAUAGCAUAUGUGAAGGCAUCUCAGGCAAGGAAAGUGAAAUUCCUAGAAUGCUGCAAGCAGGUGGGUUUACCAAAUAAGAAAGGAUUGCAUGGAGAUGUUACCACGAGGUGGAACUCCACUUAUCACAUGCUUGAUUCUGCUAUAUUCUAUAAGAGUGCAUUUCAUGAACUUCAGUUGGUGGAUAAAAAUUAUAGAGAGUGUCCAAGUACUGAGGAAUGGUCCAAGGUGGAGCAAUUAAUGCAUUUUUUGAAGCCUUUCAAUGACAUCACAGAGGUGUUAUCUGGGUCCAAGUACCCAACAGCAAAUUUGUAUUUUCAUAACGUAUGGAAUAUACAUAAGUCUUUGUUGGAAGUGACAGUACAUGGAGAUGACCAUAUGAAGAAGAUGGCACAAGAAAUGAAAAAGAAGUUUGACAAGUAUUGGGACUCAUAUAGCAUUAUUUUAGCUAUUGCAGUUGUAUUUGACCCUCGAUACAAGUUAUCCUUUGUUUCAUGGGCUUUUGAUAAGAUAUAUAAUCUUGACUCUAGAUCAAAGGAGAAAUUUAGACUUGUAAAAACAAGUUUAGAACGACUCUUUGAAGAGUACCGAAGCAUGGAUGUGACCAUGGAAGAGGGGGCAUUACACUCAGAUGAUAUUGAGACUGAUACGGUUGGAAAUGCAUCAGACUGGCAGGAGCUAAACGCAUAUGAGAGUAGCAAUAAUACAACAAGAUCAGAUAAAUCUGAAUUGUAUUUGUAUUUGGAAGAGCCAAGGAUCAAAGAUACGACGAAGCAAUAUGAUGUAUUGGCCUAUUGGAAGUCGCAAGGAACUAAAUAUCGUGAUCUUUCUCGGAUGGCACGGGAUGUGUUAGCUAUUCCGGUAUCAACAGUUGUUUCUGAAUCUGCUUUUAGUGUUGGAGGUAGAGUUAUUGACAAAUAUAGAAGUAAGCUACUACCAACUAAUGCUGAAGCACUGAUUUGCCUCCAAGAUUGGAUGUUUGGAGUAGACUUUAGAGCUGAACUGGGUGAUGAUGCCAAUGAUUUGGCUGAUGCUUUAAAAGAUGUGUUGUCCGUGAAUGAGAGUGGUGUAACUAAUGAGGCUCCAGUAGGACCAAUACCUACACAAGGAUCUUCAAUUGCUUCUACUACAGGGACCACAGACAUGGGACAUGGGAUUGAUAUUACUUUAUAUUUUGUUACUUUUGACGUUAUAGUUUGUGGACAUGGGACAUAG